AUGCGUUUAACGAUCGUGCUGGGUGUUUUGACAGUUGUUAUCGCAUUGAUCCUUGCAACUGACGCCAUCGAGACUGCCGACAACGACAAGAAUAAUGUGAGGACAAGCGAUACUCAACUGAACGAGGAAAGAGCAGUUUCAGGAGGUCCACAACCAGGCGGCAUUGACAGCGGCCCCACUCAGGCAUGGACGAAUUUCAAGAAAUGGUUCAAAAAAUGGUUUAAGAAAACGUUUUCCUAG